AUGGCCUCCGACCGCCUCGCCGCCCUCAAGGCCUUCGACGAGACCAAGGCCGGCGUGAAGGGCCUCGUGGACGCCGGCGUCAAGGCCGUCCCGGACAUCUUCCGCCACCCUCCCGACCCGCUCUCCCCGUGCACCAAGGUCGCCGCCAUCCCGGUCGUCGACCUCUCGGGUCCCCGCUCGGAGGUGGUCGGCGCGGUGAGGGAGGCGGCGCGGACGGCGGGCUUCUUCCAGCUGGUGAACCACGGCGUGCCGGAGGCGGCCAUGUCGGGGAUGCUGGCGGCGGUGCGGCGGUUCAACGAGGAGCCCGCGGAGGCCAAGGCGCCCUACUACACGCGGGACGCCGGGCGGCGCGUGCGCUACAACUGCAACGCCGACCUCUUCCGGACGCUGCUGGGCAAGUGGCGCGACACCAUCUACAUGGACGACGUGGACCAGCUGGCGCCGGGCGAGGAGGAGGAGGUCCUCCCGCCGGCGUGCAGGGGCGUCGCACCGAAGUACACGGCGCAGAUGCGGAUGCUGGGGCGCGCGCUCUUCGAGCUGCUGUCGGAGGCCCUGGGCGUGCGGCGCGGGUACCUGGAGGAGGAGGCCGGCUGCCUGGAGACGCUCAGCGUCGCCGGCCACUACUACCCGGCAUGCCCGGAGCCGCACCUGACGCUGGGCGCCGUCAGGCACAACGACCCCGGCUUCCUCACCGUGCUGCUCCAGGACGGCGUCGGCGGACUCCAGGUGCUCACGGACGUCGAGGACGACGAAGGGAACAUGUCCGCCGCGUGGGCCGACGUGCCGGCGGUGCCGGGGGCGCUGGUGGUGAACGUCGGCGACUUCCUGCAGCUGGUGUCCAACGACAGGUUCCGGAGCGUCGCGCACCGCGUGGUGGCCAACAGCGUGGGGCCCCGGAUGUCGGUGGCGUGCUUCUUCAGGGCCAAGGGAGCUACGGUGUGCGCCCCGGUGGUCAUGGACGGGGGUGGCCUGCCGCGCUACCGGACCGUCACGGCGGAGGAGCUGCUCCGCUCGUCCGGGAAGCAGAACGGGCUCCGUGACGUGAGGCUCUAG